AGACUCAAGAUAUCUCUGAACUUUUGUGCAUGACAAUAUUGUCUCCAUUUCUUGGAAAACUAUGGCACAUACUGAACUUCAAAAGCUCAUUAAAAAAUGUGAUAAAGAAAAUGCUGAGAGAACUAUAACUCAAGCUACCGAUAGCUGCUUCUCACGUGGAGAGAUGCAAGACCAGCCCGUUUGGGGAAAUUGUUCGGAUGACGAACUCAUACAAACCCAACCCCAGCGCUUGCCUCAGCUUCCGACAUGCUCAGAGGAACCAAGCGAGGAGGAAACCAGCAAGAUAAAGAACGGCCACACAAGUCUGAGCAAUGGGAAUGGAAUUCACCAUGGGGCCAAACACGUAUCUGCAGAUAAUCGAAGACUUUCAGCACCUGUUUCUCACAAAAUGCAUAGAAAAAUUCAGUCCAGCUUGUCUGUAAACAGCGAUAUCAGUAAGAAGAGUAAAGUAAAUGCUGUCUUUUCCCAAAAGACAGGCUCUUCACCUGAAGUAAACUUUAGGAUUAGAGAUAUUCCAACCGGCCCAUUGAAUAAAGUCAGCAGUGAAUCAGUUCAGAUUGCUGUGUCCACUGUAUCCUGGCCUGCUUGUUCUGUGAAUUCCUCACCCUCUGCAAUAUUGUCCUGGGCCAAGCUUCCUGUGGCAUCUGCACCUCAGAAGCCUGCUGCUGUUGCUGUGGAGACGAAAUGGGGGAUGACUGUAACUGCCCAUGUGACAUGGAUUGUGGCAUCAUGGAUGCUUGUUGUGAAUCAUCGGACUGUUUGGAAAUCUGUAUGGAAUGCUGUGGAAUUUGUUUUCCUUCAUAGCACCGUGAAUCCAAAUGCCACGAUCACGUUCUCACGAAGCCAGGAGCCAGCCGGGUGCAAAGGCUUCGGAGCGCAGCCCCAGCCGAGCCCAGCCCGAAGGCAGGCUCUCUCGGAGGCAGGGACUGCACCAGCCCGUUCCUCCCCAAGCCGGGACACCAGUGUGACAGUGUCCGCAGGGGCCACACCGACAGCUCCGAAGCUGCCCGACGUCAACACAAGGACUUCCCUGGCCUCGCCUGAGCGCUGGCUACGAGGUUUCCCCUUUCUCCUGUCUAGGGGUUUUUGAGUUGCUCCAUUUGGCCCCCUGGGGCCCCCUUGUCAGAAUCACGUCUUUGGCUGAUGACUAGUGACUCUGGACUAAGGACGUUUCACAUGGAUCCCCGGAGCCAAUGUUUGGGGUUGGCUUCAAAUCGGAGUCUCCUCCCUGCUGGCUUUCAAGAUACACGCCAUCAUUUCAACACAGCAUCCUUAGGGAUCCAAAGCAACUAUUUCCAUCCUCCUUUCAAAGGACAGAGGGGAACGUGGGGCAAGGAGUCAGAAAAAAUAUCCCAGACCUUUAAGAACGGAGGCUGAUGAAGAGCCAUUGCAUCAUAGUAAAUGAACGUCCUGCUACCUUGACCGGGUCAGGGCCUGGAGACCAGCGAAGCUCACUGCUGCAGGUUCGUUACUACUUUGUGUACCUGUUGCAGAGUCUAUUCCACGGAGGCAUUUAGCUUGUUCUGAGCUAAUAUAUGUAUACACACACACACACACACACAUACACACACAAUUUAGAUAUAUAGCCCUUUUUCUAAAAAAUAGGUCUUGUUUUCCAUAUUGCUAUACGCUCCAAGCAAAGGAGGACCUCAAAGGACGAACCUUAAAUGGACCACAGAGAGAAUCUGAAUAGACAUUUUUACAAAGACGACCUGCAGAUGGCUAACAGGUCCAUGAAAAGAUGUUCGAAGUCACUAUUCAGCAGAGAAAUGCGAGUUAAAACCCCAAUGACAUAUCACCUCGCCCCAGCCAGAAUGGCUAGUAUGAAAAAGACAAAAAAAAUAAGUGUUAGCAAGAAAAGAGAAGAAAAGAGAGCCCUUGUGUGCUGUUGGUGGGACUGUCCAUUGGUACGGCCACUAUGAAAGCAGGAUGGAGGUCUCUCAAAAAAUUAAGGGGACUAUCAUGUGAUCUAGCAAUUCCACUUCUAUUUAUCUGAAAGAAAUGAAAACACCACUAACUCAAAAAGAUAUCUACACCUCCAUGUUCAUUGUAUCAUUAUUUACAACAGCUGAGAUUGCAUUCUUACAGUAGCUGUUAAUAACUGAAAGAAUGGAUAAAUGUGGGGCACGCACACGCGCGCGCACACACACACACACAGGAAUAUUCAUUAGCCAUAAAAAAUUAGGAAAUUCUACCAUUUGUAACAGAUGGACCUUGAAGGCAUUAUGCUAAGUGAAAUAGCCAGAGAAAGAAGCACAAAUACCAUAUGAUUUCACUUAUAUGUGGAAUUAAAAAACACAAAAUCUCAAAACCCAAAAAGCAAACGGGGACUCACAGAUACAGAGACUAGGUUGGUGGUGGCCUGAGGCAAGGGACUGGGGGGGUAGGUGAGACAGGGGAAAGUGGUCAAAAGGUACCAACCUGUGGUUAAAAAGAAAAAGAAAGCUCAUUUAUACAGAAUUAUGGAAAUGUGUAUGUUGUAAGUCUCUCACAAGGUUAUAAAUUAAUACCUAAUGUUUAGGAUUAAUUUUGAGCUGAAUUUAAGUCAACGAAGUUCUCCUAUUAGGAAAGCAACUUACUGAUAUUAUUUCCAACCUCAGAACUUUCUUCCAUGCCCUAAGUAUUUGAUGACCUUAUAAACAACAUUUACUUAUUACCAUAUAUAAAAUACUACUGUCAGGUCUGCAAAGUCACGAUUACCCAGAAUCUAGACCCAAUUCUUUGGGGGUUGGGACAGUGGGGCAGGAGGGAGAACCAGUAUGUUUCAUUUUUGAAGUUUAUCAGUUCUUAUAAAUAUUUAAAAUUGGACACAAUCUGUUUCUUCAGUUCGAUUGUAACCAUCUGUGGAUCCCAAAUAUAAACAAUAAAAAUAAAAACACUUGAAUAAAGUUCAGAAUCCCAGUGAAAGCUUCUUAUUCAGAAUUCGGAAAAAUGUCUCAAGAAAAUAAUUUGUCUUUUAAGAAAUAUGGUAACUC